UUGGCCAACUCACUCCAAGGCCCAUCGCAGCUACUGUCGGAAUUCUAUGAAUUUUUGUUGAUCCCACGAGUGGAGAAGGGUGGUUACGAUCAGAAAACGGCAGGCUAGUAAAGGUAGCUGUAUUUAUCAAAGGGCAUAUUCAAAAUAUAGCCAAAAUGUGGAAGUUCAGAGAAAUACAAGACAAAGUGGCAAAUGUGGUGAUGAAUUAUACAGAGGUGGAAGCCAAAGUAAGGGAGGCAACAAAUGAUGAUCAGUGGGGACCUCAUGGAUCACUAAUGAAUGACAUAGCAAAGUACACUUUUAUGUAUGAGAGUUUUCCAGAAGUGAUGGGUAUGCUAUGGAAGAGAAUGCUGAUAGAGAAGAAAAAUUGGAGAAGAACUUAUAAGUCCCUGUUGCUGUUACAUUACCUUCUAAGAAAUGGCUCAGAAAGAGUUGUCACAAGCACAAGGGAUCAUUUGUAUGACAUGAGACAAUUAGAAAGCUACCAAUUUACAGAUGAGAAUGGCAAAGAUCAAGGACUUAACGUACGACACAAAGCCAAAGAACUCAUAGAUUUUGUCCAAGAUAACGAUCGUCUGAGACAAGAAAGGAAAAGAGCGAAACAAAAUAGAGAGAAAUAUGUUGGACUGUCGUCAGAUGUAGUUUCCGAUGGUUUUUAUAGUGAUCGUUACGAUAAAGAGCCUUCAUCGAUUCGGUCACGGGACGAAUUCGAUGCAAUGGAUCUUCAAAGAAAAAGCAAACUUGGGGAGUUUAAGGACAAAAUUGGACAAAAGUUGAACGAGAUUAGGCCUGGAAGGAGGGAUUAUAAAGAUUACCAAGAAAAAUCGUGGGAUAAAGGAAGAAAUGCUUAUAAAGACGAACCUGAAGAUGGCGAAGAAGUAUCGGAAGAUAAAGAGGCAGCUGAUGAAGAUAUUUUCUCAUACCGUUCAUCAAAGUCAAGUUCCUCCAAGUUUAGUUCAUCAGAUCUGGGUUCGGAGCUGGAUAAACCUGACACGCCCACGCCAACGCCCGCUCCCACGCAAACUCGGCAGCCGGUUAGAAAAAUCGAUCUGGGUGCAGCUGCCAGUCUUGUUAACGUUCCAAAACCAGCAGCGAGUGAACCUAGAGAAAAUGGAACUUCUGUAAGCACAGUGCCAAUUACCACUGCGACAGCACCCUCCGCUAUGAAUGACCUCGUCGAUCUUAUGAGCGCUGGCCCCACCGACCCCCCUUUGCUCCCAAUGAACACUGCACCCGAACAAGAUUUGUUUGGGGGCUUUUCAAGUGCACCUACUCCAGCGGAGACAAACAACGGUCAGUUCGCAGACUUUGGCGCCUUCAACUCAAGCAAACCUGCCGAAGACGAUACGGACUUUGGUGACUUUAGCUCAUUUGGGACAAAUGUGACACCGGCUUCUCAGACAACAACAUCACUGCAGGGUUUGGACUUUCUUUCAUCUCCAAGUGCCGUUCAAACAACCCCAACACCGUCCUCGUUUCAAGCCGGCCUCGCUCCUACUGGAUUUUCGCAAACAAUUAGUCCACCUUUAGCAAAUCAAAAUACUUUAGCUGCAAAUCCAGUCAGAUCAUCGGUAAGUCUUUUUAGAAAAUUCUUCCAAAAGAAGCUUCAAAAACGAUUGUCCUUUCAGGGUUUGGACUUUCUUUCAUCUCCAAGUGCCGUUCAAACAACCCCAACACCGUCCUCGUUUCAAGCCGGCCUCGCUCCUACUGGAUUUUCGCAAACAAUUAGUCCACCUUUAGCAAAUCAAAAUACUUUAGCUGCAAAUCCAGUCAGAUCAUCGGGAGUAUCACCCAAGGAGAAGACCUCAAUGUGGAGCAAUACUGGCUUGGAUAUCAGUCUUGACACACUUAGUCCUAUUUCUGCGAAGGACAAGCCUAUACAGCCAAGCAUGAAUCAAAUGACCAAUCAACAGGCCGCAGUUGGUCACAUGACAAUGAACGCACCAAUAGGAAUGCAGCCUUCAAGCAUGGGUUCUUUGAAUGCCGGUAUAUCAAACAUGGUAAUUGGCUCCGGAAUGACGCGACCCGGACAAACAGGACAGAUGCAGCAACCCAUGAGCUAUCCCCAAAUGGGUGGCCAGAUGAUUGGUUCACAGAUAGGGGGGAUGAUGGGUAGCCAGCCGAUGGUCAGCCAGCCGAUGGUCAGCCAGCCGAUGGUCAGCCAGCCGAUGGGCAGUCAGCCGAUGGGCGGUCAGUCGAUGGGCCAAAUGAGGUCGCAACAAAUGACUUUUGGAAUGCAAGGCUCGAACAUGGCAGGUAUGGCCAACCAAGGUAUGUUAGGCAAUCAAAAUAUGGGAAUGCAGUUCGGCUACCAACAAAUGGGCAUGGGCAUGCAAAUGCCAGCGCAAUAUCAAACUCCGAUGCAAGGGACAAUGGGACAAUUCAGAUCUUAAUUUAAUUCUCUGCUGCUACAGCUCCUUUCGGCCAAAAUUUCUCCAUGGGACAAGUGCUGCAGCCCCGCAACAUUCGUCAAGCGAGAAAUUAUGCUUUUUAGUCUUCUUCGUUACUUAUUUGGUUUAUUUGAUGAUAUCAAAUGCCUUAGUCACGAUAGAAUAUUCAGUGCAUCCCAUUUUCAGUGGGGUCUCUGUUGCGAGACCUCUUCGUCCUUUAUAUGAUUUGCCUUUUGCUCCAAUGUAGUAUCUAAAGCAGCCAACCCUGUUAUUUUGUACAUGAUUCUUCUCAUUGUAAAUUGAUAUUUUCUAAAAUUGAUGUUCUUGGUUAAUAUAAGAUAUCAAGGAUCCAGA